GUGUAAGACCAACUACAUUAUGGAUGAUUAAAACCCCUGAUCAUCAGAAACCUAGCGGUUCCGGAUUUGGAAUCUUUACCACUCAUGAAGAUGCUAUGGCUUGCUUGGAUAUGAAUGGUAGGACCUUAGGUGAUAGAGCUAUUGAAGUAAGUCCAAGUAGCGAAAGGGUCAUUGAGGCUGCGGGGGCUAUUUUGGCAUCGUUUCCGAUGACCAAAACUCGUUUACGUCCUGGUGAUUGGGUCUGCACGGUUUGUCAAUUCCAUAAUUUCGCUUCUCGGAGGACUUGUUUCAAGUGCAAUGGUAACAAUCCUAAUCCGAUGGUGCCACAAACUCCUCCUAAUUUUACAUUGGGUGAUUGGAUGUGUCCUAAUCCUCAAUGUAAUUUCCAUAAUUAUGCCUCACGAACUCAUUGUCUUCGAUGUGCGACUUAUAAACCUCAGGGCAUAUUUGGCCCUCCACAAACGAGUAUACCCUUUAGGCCUGGUGAUUGGAUUUGUCCUAAUCCAAAUUGUUCAUUUCAGAAUUUUGCAUCUAGAACAAUUUGUAUGCGAUGUGGUUCUCAAAAUCAUAUGGGUUAUGAUUCUUAUGGAAAUCCCGCGAACGACCAAGGUUAUAUUUCUAAUAUAGGCCAUGGUCCUUCAUCACCGGCUCCGGCACCAUUCCGUGCUGGUGAUUGGAUUUGUCCGACUUGUAACUCUCAUAACUUUGCUUCUCGCUUUCAAUGCAUUCGUUGUGGACUGUCAAAACCUGCCCAGCUUCAAGGCAAUCCUCCUCCAACAGCUAACAUGAAACCUGGCGAUUGGUUGUGUCGUAAUGAAAUAUGUGGUUAUCAUAACUUUGCUAAAAGGACGCAUUGUGCAAAAUGUGGUACUCCAA